UAAAUGCGAGGGAAACGGUGGGAAGGGGGGAGGAGAGGAAGGCAGGAAAAGGUUCGUUGAGCACUCUGUGAGCCAUGGCGAGAUUGCUCCUCCUACAGCUCCUGCACCUGGGCGCCGCCAUUGUAUUGCUCGCCGGCUUCUCUUCUCUGGCGCCUUUGGCAGAAGCAUAUGAUCCUCUUGAUCCAAAUGGGAAUAUCACAAUCAAAUGGGAUAUCAUGCAGUGGACUCCAGAUGGCUAUGUUGCUGUUGUUUCCAUAUACAAUUACCAGAAAUACCGACAUAUCCAAGCGCCUGGGUGGCAUCUUGGGUGGGUGUGGGCAAAGAAGGAGAUCAUCUGGACAAUGAUUGGUGGGCAGGCCACAGAGCAAGGCGAUUGCUCCCAAUUCAAAGGCAAUAUACCACACUGCUGCAAGAAGGAUCCGACCAUUGUUGACUUGCUUCCUGGGACACCUUACAACAUGCAGAUUGCAAAUUGUUGCAAAGGAGGAGUGCUUAGCUCAUGGGUUCAAUAUCCAGUUAAUGCAGUAGCAUCAUUUCAGGUCAGCGUUGGCCGUUCUGGAACUACCAACUAUACAGUGAAAGCGCCACUAAACAUCACUCUGAAGGCCCCAGGGCCAGGAUAUACUUGUGGAGUCGCUAAUGAGGUGAAGCCUCCUACUAGGUUCAUUUCUCUUGACGGGAGGAGAACAACUCAAGCUCAUGUGACGUGGAACGUGACUUGUACUUAUUCACAAUUUGUUGCUCAGAGAGCUCCAACAUGUUGUGUUUCACUCUCAUCGUUUUACAAUGACACGAUAGUUAACUGCCCAAAAUGUUCAUGUGGCUGCCAGAACAACAUAACCAGACCAGGGAGCUGUGUGGAGGGCAAUUCACCUUAUUUGGCUUCUGUUGUGAAUGAACCUGGCAAGAGCAGCUUGGCUCCUCUAGUACAAUGCACACCCCAUAUGUGCCCAAUAAGAGUGCAUUGGCAUGUUAAGCUCAACUACAGGGAAUACUGGAGGGUGAAGAUCACGGUUACUAAUUGGAAUUACCGGAUGAACUACUCGCAGUGGAACAUAGUCGUCGAACAUCCAAAUUUCGACAAAGUCACUACUAUUUUCAGCUUCAACUACAAGUCUUUGAACACCUAUGGAGUAAUAAAUGAUACUGGGAUGCUCUGGGGUAUCAAGUACUACAACGACCUGCUUAUGGUGGCUGGGCCAAAUGGAAAUGUGCAAUCCGAGCUUCUGUUCCGGAAGGACCCGUCUACGUUCACUUUCGACAAAGGCUGGGCCUUUCCAAGGCGGAUAUACUUCAAUGGUGACAACUGCGUCAUGCCUCCACCAGAUGUGUACCCAUGGCUACCUAACUCUUCUCCUGUGCUGAAGGCAUCACCCCUUGUUCAGCCCGUUGCCAUUUGGACAACAUUGUUGUUCUUGUGGCUUCACAUGUAGUGGCUAUUGAAGGAUUAGCUAAUCUUUAGGCAACUGCCAAAACUAGUGAUCGCAUCUCGCAUCGGGCUGUUGAUACAUCCUGAGUUUCUGGCAAGUUUAGGUUGUAGUCUUGCAUGAAAGGCUGAUUCUGGCCUGCUUUAAUUUGGUUGUGAUCCUGCAAGCAGGUUGUAGAUUCACAUUUUGUAUAUUCUAGAUCUGAAGAUUGAUUAAGGCAGCCCCAACCAACACCA